UUCAGUUCAGUUGGCAUCGUGUGCAGGUUCGGUUGCUCGGGACGAGUGUCGUGCGUUUUUGAUUAAGGCUUUUUGCUCUUGUUAGAAAAUAAUAAAACCAACUAACAACUGCAAAAUAUCGUACUUUUACCGCAAAGUACAUCAAGAUUCGGGAAAGAAACCUCGCGAAUCUCGAAUAAACAUCAGACACUUAAAAAGUAGGCUGUUUUUAUCACAUACAAAUCUUGUGCAGUUUUGCUGUGGCCAAGUAGGCGAGGAAACGUGUUCGCUUGUGUGAGUCGACCCAGCAGCAAGUCUCAGAACGCACCAGCGGCAGAUUCCAAGUCGAACUCCCGUCGGAACCGGAAGAAGAGAUCCGUGGCUCGUCGGUCGGUCGGUCGGUCGUUCCCGUCGCCGUCGCUGUGUCUGUGUGUGCUCCCAAGGGGAUUGGCCCGUACCCAAAGCUGCGUCACCGCGGAUGAAGUCCUGACCGGGGGAAAAUGGCCAUACUGGAAAAACUACGACGGAAAGUCGCAGGAAGGUGGUGAAAAUUUUUGGUGGUGUCCUGAAAAAAGGGGACGAAACAGGCGAGGACCAGAAGAAGCUGUGGCCUGCUGGAAUAGGGUGUGUUUGAAGGAUCCUUUGCGGGGUUACUCGGGAUCCUUGCGUGUUGGGGGAGGAGUUAUGGUCUAGGAUACCGGAAGACGAGAGUGAGGUCGUCGCCGCCUGCUACGAGUGCUUGAGAAUUCAAAGAAAUAAGGGGGGAGUUGAAGUUGGAGCAGACGCGCGACAACGGCUGGAUUGAAGGUGUGGAGUGUUCACGGUGGGGUUAAACGACGAACCUUCCAAGGUGGGUUCUUUUUCCCUUUCCGAAGGGGUGUGUUGUGUGUAUCGAUUAAAGUGCCGCGCCGCGGCUGUCGAAGAAGGAAAAGUCCGCAAGAAGACCGGAGGAGGAGGAGGGGGCGCCCUUUCCACAAAUACACAGCAGAGUGAGCGAGAGAGGGAGAGAGAGUCGAGUGCGCCCCGGGGCCAAGUUCCUCUUAACCCGGUGCCAAAGUGUCCACACACAGUCGGGAGUGCGUGUCCUGGGAAGUAAUUUGACGACGCGGAAGAAUCUCCUCGGGAAGAUGAAGUUUUUUCGAGUGAAAAAUCAAUGAAAAAAGUGGCACUUCCGUGAAAGAAGAAAAUCCCGUCCCGUGGCCAUGGAUCGUCUUUAGGAAGGAAGAAGAGUGUCCAUGUUUGUGAUCGGAGUCUGUGACCGGAGCUAGCCAGUCGUCGGCAGUGAGAGAAAGAAAGAAAGAGAGAGAGGCGAGCUAGGUGAGCUAGUGCUAGUGUCCGCCGCCGGAAACCGGAAGUGCGUAUUGUUGUGCGUGCCAACGAAGAAGAAGUCUGGGAACCAUGGAGCAACCAGCGACGCCGUUCCUGGUGGAACUGCUGCACUCGGUGCCGCACAUCAACAUCACGCUGCACCGGGUAAACGACACCUUCAACCCGAGCAGCACCGUGUACAUCGAGAGUCUCGGCAUCCUGGCCUCGAUUCCGGCCGCGCUGCUCAUCAUCUCGCUGGUGUUCCUGCUGCUGUAUCUGCUGACCCGGUGCUGCGACCGGAAGCCGCGCAAGCCCAAGUCCCACGGCUGCCAGAAGUGCACGCUGAUCUUCUUCGCGAUCGUGUGCUGUGCCUCGAUCGGACUCGGGCUGUACGGGAACGAUGACCUGCACAACGGGGUGCUGCAGAUUUUUGGUUCCGGGAGGAAGAUCGAACAGCUGAUCCUGAACGUGAGGAACCAGACCGAGAUGGUGAAGCAGAAUCUCAAGUCGAAGGUGGUCCUGUCCGAACUGGAAGCCAAGCUGGAGCAGCCGCCGCAGCUGUACAACCAAACGGCGCUGUACCUGCUCCAGGACACGGUCAAGAUGGUCAAGGACAACACGACGCUCGCCAUCAACGCGCUCGAGACGGUCGUCUACCUGACCCGGCCCUCGUACUCCGACCUGACGCUGAAAAAUCUGCUCGAUACGUACGAAUUCUACGAGGAGCUCCGGUGGCCCGCCACGCUCGGCUUUCUGACGUUUCUGCUGCUGCUGUGCAUUAUCCUGGUGAUCGGCGCCACGCGCAGCUCGCGCUGCGCCCUCAUCUUCUUCAGCGUGUGCGGCCUGCUGGCGGUAACGGUGUGCUGGCUGCUGUCCGGAAUCUACCUGGCCAGUGCCGUCGCCCUGGGGGACUUUUGCAUGAAACCGAACGACUACAUCUGCAGUCAGCAAAAACUCAAGGACGUCCAGUACACGUACUGCAGCUCGGUCGGCACCAAUCGGUACGUGCUGCGGCUGAACGAGUCCAAGGACUACGUGGACCGGGCCAAGGAAUCGCUCGAGACGGCCACCCGGAUCGCGAUCGAUCUGUACCCGCGGUUCGAGAUGAGCAGCAAGAUCAACCGGCUGAACAACGAGCUCGACGAUAGCAAGCGCCAGUUGAUUGCACUUUCGGCGAUGGCCGACCGGAGAACCGUGAUGGAGCACUACGCGGACGCCACACGGGGGCUGUGCGAGGGUGGACUGCUGGGGCUGACGCUGAUGCUGCUGGCCAGUUUGAUUUCGGCGGCCAUCCUAAGUCUGCUGGUGUGCGUCGAUUCGCACACGUGGAUCUACCUUACGAAGAAACGCCCGUACGAGGACAAAUCCGAGACGGCGCCCCUCUUCCCGGCGGGGGCCGCUUCCGUCUCACCCUCGGCACCGAUCAACUCGGGCACGAUGACCGUGAACCGGACGUUGCUGCACGCCCAGGCCGCCACCAGCAAUGGGACCGGGUUGACCCACGGCGGCGGUGGCGGCAUCGGAGGCGGCGGCGGAGGAGGCCUCAUCGCGAGCAGUGGCCGCAACGGAACCACACACGGAUUGCGCGGGUUGGCAUCCUACAGUGGCGAUGAGUCGCCACCGCCAGAUUAUAAUGUUGUGGUGCAUGAUAACAGAGCGUCCGGCCACCACACCCUCGGUCGGCUUCCGUCGCACGCGAGCGGCCACAUAGCGGGCCCCAACAACGGCAAGUACGCCACGCUUAGUAAACAGUGUAAAACGCUCGAAUCGAGCGACUUCUACUGAGAAUCGCCUGCCUGCAACGUGUCUGCAGGCAGCAAUAAGUUAGAUAUGAAACUGACAGUCUCGACGGCGACACUCUCGGAGAAGGACCCGCGCGACAUUACCAACAACGGCUUCAACCGGUUCGACCCCAAGUACGUGAGUAUCGGACCGAAGGCAGUGCGGACGACGUCGUCCGGCGG